GAGAGAGAGAGAGAGAGAGAGAGAGAGAGAUCGCCAGCUACGCCUUCCUCCCAGCUCCAGGAGGCCCUGGCCAGUGCUCAUUCCGGAACUGUGGAACAAGAGUCGGGGAGGCCAGGCAGCCCUGCGCUUGGCCCUGGCCUGGCCCGUCCGCGGACGACAGAGGCCCCACUCCUGGCGGGCUACAGAGCGCAGGGAGCGCACAGAGUGGGGGAGCUGUCCAGUCCAGCACCACGGCGACGCAGUAGGUGGGCGCUUCUGCUCCGAGAGCUGUCCAGUCCAGCACCGCGGCGAUGCUGUAGGUGAGAGCGCCCGGUCGCGGGGAGCUGUCCAGUUCAGCACCACGGCGAUGCAGUAAGUGGAAGAGCCCUGCCGGGGUGAGCUGUCCGUUUCAGCACCACGGCGAUGCUGUAGCUGGGAGCGCCUGGCCCGGGGCUGCGCGGCCGUGAGCGGGGGAGGCGGGCGGGCCUGCCUGCUGCAAGACGCCGGCUAGCGCGCCCCAUCGCUCGCUCGCUCGCUGGCUUCCAAGGAGCUUUGCGGAUCGGGGGAGGGAACCCCGCCUCGAUUCUCCGGGAGAAACCCCCUCCCUCCCCCACUUCGCCGACACUACCCCCGCCGCCAACAACAAUAACCGCGGCUGCUCGUCCUGCCGCCACCGCGCCCGCCAACCCUGCUGCCGCCACCGCCGCUGCCGCCGCCGCCGCCGCUGGGGCACAACCAUGGGAGGCGAGACCCCCUCACCGGUGCAGCUGAGCUUGGGGGCUUGCAGAAGACUGGGCAGUCUCCUCUGAAACGGAGGCGCCCCGAGGACCCCCUCCCUCCCCAAGGAAGAGAACUGGCGAAGCCACGGAUUUUCAUGGCGCAGGCCGCAGAGCCGCGAACGAAGACCGAAGGUUGCUUCCCAGCUCUUCCAGUCUCUAACUGUCUAGGUCCGGACCAUGAGAGAUGGUGUUGAGAAUUCGGCUGUACCCUGGCGCGCUGUGGAAGCCAUCUCCAAAUUAGCGAUCACAUAUGGAAACUGGAGACCAGAAUUUUAGGAAAAGAGAUUAAGGCAUCUCACUUGGGGGGGUGGGGGGUGUCUUUUUAUUUAUUUUCCCUUUUUUAAAAAAACAAAACAAAACGCUGCAACUGGAACAGUUUUUUGAUCUCAAAAGGCAAGCCUCUCUUCCCGUGUGAUCUUUAUAAUUUACACACUUUUCCGUGAGCUUUCUUAUCUCCCUUUUUUUAUAUCUCUCCAUAUUCUCUAUUCACACAUAUAUCCAUUAUAUUAGUAGUGGAAUUACCAAUCGCACCCUCACACACACGCUCCUGAGAACCAGAAGUCGGUUGGGUGUUUAUAUAAUGAAGAAUUAUGGGGCUGUUUGAUCGAGGUGUUCAAAUGCUUUUAACCACCGUUGGUGCUUUCGCUGCCUUCAGCUUGAUGACCAUCGCUGUGGGAACCGACUAUUGGCUGUACUCCAGAGGGGUUUGCAAGACCAAAAGUGUCAGUGAGAAUGAAACCAGCAAAAAGAACGAGGAAGUUAUGACCCAUUCCGGAUUAUGGAGAACCUGCUGCCUCGAAGGGAACUUCAAAGGUCUGUGCAAGCAAAUCGACCACUUUCCGGAAGACGCGGACUACGAAGCAGACACCGCAGAGUAUUUCCUCCGGGCCGUGAGGGCCUCGAGUAUCUUCCCGAUCCUAAGUGUGAUCCUGCUCUUCAUGGGUGGCCUCUGCAUCGCAGCGAGUGAGUUCUACAAGACACGCCACAACAUCAUCCUGAGCGCUGGCAUCUUCUUCGUGUCUGCAGGUCUAAGUAAUAUCAUCGGGAUCAUCGUAUAUAUAUCAGCCAAUGCUGGAGACCCCUCCAAGAGUGACUCCAAAAAGAACAGCUACUCCUACGGCUGGUCCUUCUACUUUGGGGCCCUGUCCUUCAUCAUCGCCGAGAUGGUCGGGGUGCUGGCCGUGCACAUGUUUAUCGACCGCCACAAACAGCUGCGGGCCACGGCCCGUGCCACCGACUACCUCCAGGCCUCCGCCAUCACCCGCAUCCCCAGCUACCGCUACCGCUACCAGCGCCGCAGCCGCUCCAGCUCGCGCUCCACGGAGCCCUCUCACUCCAGGGACGCCUCGCCCGUGGGCGUGAAGGGCUUCAACACCCUGCCGUCCACGGAGAUCUCCAUGUACACCCUCAGUAGGGACCCCCUGAAGGCUGCCACCACGCCCACCGCCACCUACAACUCGGACAGGGAUAACAGCUUUCUCCAGGUCCACAACUGUAUCCAGAAGGACAGCAAGGACUCUCUCCACGCCAACACAGCCAACCGCCGGACCACGCCCGUAUGAAGACCGUGGGACGGGGGACCCCCGGGAGGCUUGGCCCGCGGGCGGGGGAGGGACCACAGCAGCCAAGGGGAGACCUUCCAUACGCAAAAAACAACAAACAAACAAGCAAACGAACGAACAACAAACAAACAAAACAAAACAAAACAAAAAACAAAAAAAAAAGAGAAAAACAUAGCAAGUAAAUUUUUUUAAAAAAAAGAACAAACUACAAGAAGAACAAAAUCAAAACCACAGGCUAUGCGGGGGAAAAUAUAACCGAGGGAAGACAAACUUUAAACAAAGCAAGAGGGAUAAAAUUAAAAUAGAAAAUAAAUCUAAAAGAAAAUGCA